AUGGAAUUCAUAUUACUCAUCCUCGAUAUUAAGAAGAUUUACAAUUUUUAUUUGAACACAUUGAAAGGGUUAAAAAAGAAUAUGAUAAGUUAAUUAAAUAGUAUGAAUAAAUAAAUGGAUUUGAUUUAACAAGACUUUUUUGCAUUAAUUGAAGGAAUUAGAUUAAAAUAUCAAGUAUCGAAAUAAUAAUUAACUCAUUUAAAUUCUGAAUAAAUUAAUUCAUUUGUAUCAUCAACGAACCAUUUCAAAUCAUUUGAAUGCGCAAUUUAAAUAUCAAAGACAUUGUUUGAUUUACAUUUAUACUUAAAAUAAUAAUGCCUAUUUAACACUCGUUCAAUCAUUUAUAAAUGAAUUUACUAUUAUCAAGCAUCUAAAAUUAAUAUAAAAAAGUCAGAAGAAUUGCAUUAAAAAUGUAUUAAAUUAAUAAUUUAAGAUAUAUAUUAAGAGUUUAAGAUACCAGUUAAAUUAUAUAUUGGAAGGAAAAAAAGUUUGAUGAAGCAAUUUAAAUAUUUGAGUAAGCAUUAAAUUUGAAUUGGAAACAUUAAUCAUCAUUGUGGUGCAAAGGUAGUUUGAUAUUGGAAUGUAUUAGCUGAUAGUUUAAGAAUGCUUGGUUAAUAUAAUGAAGCAAUCAUUUGGGUAGAUAAAGCAUUGUAAGUAGAUCCAAAGCAUUGUCUUUCAUUUUUUACUAAAGGUAUAAUGAUAUUGUAAUUUAUUAGCUGAGAGUUUAAAGAUGCUUGGUCAAUAUAAUGAAGCAAUCGUUUGGGCGGAUAAAGCAUUGUAAGUAGAUUCAAAGCAUUGUCUUUUAUUAUAUACGAAAGGUAUGAUGUUUUAUAAUUUGAAGGUGAUUCAUUAAAUACAAUUUGA